AAAAAAAUCUCUCUUCUGAACUAUAUAAAAAGCUGCUACUCAAAAAUCUCUCUCCUCUUUCGUUGGCGCGCGACGCGUCUUCUGAAUUUUGACACAUACACGCCACUUCUCUCAGAGAAACACGAAUCCAAAUCCAUCUUUUUGUCUUCAUUGUACGGUCUACUCUGUCUCUUCUCCAUAUUUUCUUUCCCCUCCCUUCUUCAAUGGUGAAUGGCCUCAAACCCUUGAAGUUGAAGCGUUCUUCUUUUCGCCCAUGACCGCAAUUCGAAUUCUAGAAUCCAACAAUCAUCCGAUUCCGACCCUCCCAUGGUGAGGGACAAGAAUCACCCCCAACGCCGGGGCCUAAUCGCCGGCAACUACUGCCACGACGUCCUCAUCCGAGACGACGUCGUCGUGGCCGAGACUCUCGGCGGCGCCGCCUCCUUCAUCUCCGCCGUUCUCGACGGUCUCUCCCUCCGAUACAGUUUGAUUUCCAAAGUCGGCCAUGACUUCGCCUACCGCACCAAUCGCGACCCGAUCGUGGUGCCUGAUUCGGGAACCACUCUGUUCCACGCGCAUUUCGACUCUGACACCGACGGCAGCGACAGCCACCAGGACCGAGUCCUGAGGAGAAUCUCCGCCUGCGACCCGAUUCGCCCCUCGGAUUUGCCCGACUCGAGGUUCGAUUUCGGAAUGGCCGUCGGCGUCGGCGGCGAGAUCCUCCCAGAGACGCUCGAGAGGAUGAUCGACUCCUGCGAUACCGUGUUCGUCGACAUCCAGGCUCUGAUACGUGCGUUCGAUGAAAUCGAUGGGACGGUGAGGCUCGUAGAUUUGAAAGAGAGCGGCUUUUUCCACCUCCUGCCGAGAAUUGGGUUUCUGAAGGCCUCGGGAGAGGAGGUUUUGGUCAUGGACAUUGACGAGGUGAGGAAGCUAUGUUUUGUGGUUGUGACGAACGGGAAGCAUGGCUGCACGGUGUAUUGGAAGGAUGGGGAAGUCCAAAUUGGGCCUUUUCCGACCAAUCAGGUGGAUCCGACCGGUGCGGGUGACAGUUUUCUUGGCGGAUUUGCGGCGGGGCUGGUUCAGGGAUUGGCCGUUCCUGAUGCUGCAUUGCUAGGUAACUUCUAUGGGUCUCUGACUGUUGGUCAAAUUGGUGUGCCCAAGUUCGAUUUGAGGUUGUUACAGAGAGUUAAGGAUGAGGUACAGAGGAGGAAGAUGCAGAGUAAUUACAGUAGCUACGAAAGAAAAGACGAUGAGUUGAAGUUUAUGAAGCUUGCUGGAUUUGAACAAUUUCACGCUUCACUUGCAGCAGCAAAACUGUUGCCGACUUGCCCUCUCCAAGAACAGGGUAUUCACCCUCAGUUCACCGGGGCCGGGCAGCCUAAAUUAUUAACUAGUUCUGUCUUUGAAGAAACAAUUCAAACAGUUGACACUAAACCGUGACUGGGAAACUUCUUUUCCACAUCUCUUUUUUUUUUUUUUUUUUUUUUUUUGAUAAUUGGACUUUUCCACAUCUGUUUUUCUAGGUCAAAUAAUACUUCUCAAGUAGAGACAUGUCUUUGAAUACGGUUAUUUUGCAUCGUAUGUUCAUUAUGCGAUUAUCGUGGUCGCUCAGUGGUAAACUAGUGCAGUAAAUAACUUAUAAUUUUGCAAAGAAGCUGAACUGUAGAUGUUGCAAUUGGAUGUUAUUUGUCUCCCAUCUUCAGUUUUAAUUAGAACUGCGAAGUCAAUAAACUUGAGAAAGAUGGAGGUUUUGGAUGAUUUGGUUGUGACUGAGUAAGGAUAAGACGUUUGAUUUGUUGAAUGUAGAACACGACAAGUCG